AUGAGUGGCGCGCCAUCCAUGCUCUCGUCGAGAACUCCCAGGGAGCUGGAAACUGGCCACAGUCUGCGCAGUGCUCUUCUGGAAGAUUUCAAGCAAAAUCACAAGACCAGGCGUUACGAGCUCAAGGACAUUUUCGACCAUGUAGUGGAAUUCAGUGGAGACCAGCAUGGAUCACGAUUCAUACAGCAGAAGCUGGAGACAGCCAACAGCGACGAGAAAGAGCGUCUCUUCAGAGAGAUACAGCCAAACGCCAUACAACUGAUGACUGAUGUUUUCGGAAACUAUGUCAUUCAGAAGUUCUUCGAACAUGGCGACCAGAAUCAGAAGAAGAUUUUGGCUAACAAGAUGAAGGGACGCGUCCUGGACUUGUCACUUCAGAUGUAUGGUUGUCGUGUUGUGCAAAAGGCCCUGGAGCAUAUACUCAACGAUCAGCAAGCGUCACUCGUUCGCGAACUGGAGAAAGAUGUGUUGAGAUGCGUCAAAGACCAGAACGGAAACCACGUCAUUCAGAAGGCUAUCGAACGUUGCCACGCUGAGGACAUUUCGUUUAUCUUCCAGGCCUUUACUGGCCAAAUUCAGCAUCUGAGUGUCCAUACAUAUGGAUGCCGAGUCAUCCAGCGAUGCCUCGAAAACUGCGAGGAUAUGACACGAAAGGCGAUUCUCGCCGAGUUGCACGACUGCAUGUCCACCUUGAUUGGUGACUCGUUCGGCAACUACGUGGCACAACAUGUCGUCGAAUACGGAUUCUUGCCCGAUCGGCAGAGAGUUCUUGAACUUGUGCUCAAGGGUCUCGAAGGCUACAGCAAGCACAAGUUCGCCAGCAAUGUUGUAGAGAAGUGUCUCACACACUCUGAGGAAUCCUGGAAGCACGAUGUCAUUGCUGUGAUUGUGCGCAACAACAACCGUGAAGGCGAGAGCAUGCUGCUCGGUCUGAUCAGAGACAACUAUGGAAAUUACGUGAUUCAAAAGCUCUUGGAUCUCCUCAGCCAGCAGGACUUUGACCAUUUCAUCGACAUUCUUCAACCAGAGCUCGUCAAAGCGAAGCGAACGGGAUGUGGCAAGCAAGUCGCCGCCAUCGAGAAGCGCAUGCAAAGACCAUACGAUCAGGGCCUCCUCACCCAUCCGGCUGUCUUUGGUAGCCACCCAAUUUCGCAGAACACUACACCUCCGCCCCCUCCAUUGACCGCCGACCAGCGUAGCCUUCAGAACAGCUCCGUCGGUAGCGUCAAUGGAGAUGCUCUCGAGGGCGCCACCAGUAGCCGCAAAGGCUCUGUUGAGCAUGUGAUUCCUACUGUCUUUGAGACUUAG